AUGGGAAUUGAAGGAUCUACUGCUGCUCCUCAAUCUCCCGCGGCAAGACCUAAACAAAGGCAGCAGGUUGCUCACCAAAUACUUAUUGUUAUCAGAGGUGCAAGGAAAACAGGCAAAACUAAUCUACUCGCAAGAAUGAAAGGUUUGCAAUUUAUAGAUCAAUAUAAACCCACACCGAUUAUGCAAGCAACUGAGCUUAUUUGGACUCCAAUAAGCUCUCCAAAUGACAAAAUCAAGAUUGUUGUUUGGGAUGUCGUUGAUCACGCAUUAAAAUUGCCAAAUGUACCGGAAGGAAAGGAAUUACCAGAUGCAACUACAGUCGAUACAUUCAGUCGAGCGGAUGGCGUUGUUAUUAUUUAUGAUCCUCGCGAUGAAGAAUCAGCAAGAUACGCUUUAUCUGUUGUUAAUGAAGCACCUGAACAUUUACCAAAGAUACUCGUAGCAAAUUUCUUAGACCAAUUCCAAGAACCACCGAAAAUUCAUCCAAUUCUCGAAGGAGUUAAAGAUAAAAUUUUCCAUUUAAACGCUUCAAUGAAAUCUAACGCCGGUCUGUCAGAAAUAGCUAAAUGGCUCGAUCUGCCUUUACAUAUAAGUCUUAAAAAACUUUACGAAAAUUUAAUUGUAUCAGCCAAUCAAGAACUCGACAGUAUCAAGGAAGAACUACAUAUCAAAGAGCAGGAAAUCGAAAAUACACCAAUUCAGACCCAACCAGAAACUCAAAACAUUUCAGACAUUAAAAUUGGAGAAAUUACUGAAGGAAAUGAUGAUAAAACAAAAGGAGAUAGUAUGUUUUGGGAUAAUAAUGACGAUGAAUUCAAGAAUAUUAAGAUGCCGGCGAAUUUACCAAAUCUUGACUUUUCUACACUCGAGGAUACAAGUAAUCCGCUUGACAAUCAACAAGAAGAAGAGAUUGAGAAACCCAAACCUCAAUCAAGACCUCCAAAGAAAGGAUCUUUAAGAAGAAUUCUUGAUAAAAACAAAUCUGCCAGAGAAAAACCAAAAAUCAUACAGAGAACACAACAAAAACCAAUUGCAACAGUACCAGUUGCUCAGCCUGAAGAAAAACAAGAAGAAGAGGACGAAGAAUCAAAUAAUGAAAAUAUUAAACAAAUCCAACCUCCUAAACCUUCUCAACCGCAAAUACAAAAGCAACCAGAACCUGUUGUUAUACCAACAAUUGCAGAACCUGCUGAUUCUUUCUUUGAUAACGAAAAGGCUGAGGAAAAAGAAGAUGACAAAGGCGAAUUCUGGGGUGAUGACGAUGAUACACCUGUUGUCCCACCAAUGAAGAAUAUUCCAAAAUUAGAUAUAAAAUCUGACGAAAUAACACAAAUUAAGCCACUAAAUCAGAUUGAGACCGCAGCUACAAAACCAGAAGUUGAAGAAAAAUCAAUGGAAUCUGUUGAAAAUCAAAACGAAAAAAUUAUUUCAUCUCCAAAGCAAAAUUCUUCCUCAAAAGAUAAUUUCUUUGAUGAAGAUAAUGCCGAGGAUGAAGCAGCACCAGCAGUUCCUUUAUUAAAGAACCUUCCGAAGUUAGAUAUCGAUGAUGAUCAAACAGAACAAAAAGAGAAGACACAAAUUUCAAGGCCUCCUUCAAGACUCCAAAAAUUGAAGGAGAAAACAGAAAAAGUCUCUCUAAAAGACAGAUUAAAGUCAAAGAGAGAAGGAACAGCAGCAACAAAGGUUGAGAAGCCAAAAUUACGUGGUCCGGCUCCUGUUGCUCCUAAGAAACCAGCUCCUCCAAUGCCAAAACCACAACAAAAAUUAGAUUCUUAUGAUUCUAUUCAAAACAAUGCACAAUCAUAUGAUUUAUUCGAUUCACCAGUAGAGAAACCAAAUAAUUCCACUCAAAAGCCUCAACAAAUGAUUGAAGAAUACGAUUCUUUUGAUUCUCCAAAGGAAUUAACAAAAAUCAUUGAAAACAAGCCACCACAGAGAAUAGAAGACUAUGAUGCAUUUGAUACACCUCAAAUUUCAUCAAAAGCCGAAAAAAUUAAAAAUUAUUCUGAAAAUUCUGUCCAAAGUCAGAAUUUAUCUGAUGACAGUCAAUAUAAUUCAUCAAUACCAGUAGAACAACCAAUAACUUCUGCUACAAGUCUUUCACAAAAUAAUUUGACUGAAAAAGAAAAACCAAAACCAGAACCAAUUGAAAAAGUUGAAGAGCCAAAGAAAGAAGAUGUCAAAACAGAUGAUAAACCAGAAAUUAUUACAAAAUUACCAGAUGAAGCUACGAAACCAGAAACUAAUACAAAGAACACAGAAUUUGACUUCGACAAUGCAUUCAAGGACAUUGGUUCUGCUCAGAUUCAAAAAGAAGAAGAAUUUAAUUUCGGAAAUGCUUUCAAAGAGGUUGAAGAAGAAAGGAAAGAAGAAGUUAAGCCACAACAACAAGAUAAAACUCAGGUAUUACCAGAAAAUAACCAAACAAUUUCAGAAAAUAAGAUUAAUGACGAAUUUAACUUCGAAGAAGCAUUAAAAGUCAUUGAAAAGGCUGAAGAGAAACAAAACAUUGACAUUAAUACUAAUAUCAUGGCAAACGAGCCUCAAAAUGAUGAUUUUGAUUUCAAUAUCUCAUUUGAUAAACCAGAAAAGAAGGAAGAAACGUUGAAUUUAGGUACUGAUAUGUUCAAACCUGUUGAAAGCCAUGAAAUUCCUGUUCAAAAUGAAGAAGAUACUGCAGAUUUUUGGGAUGAACAGCUCAAAGUACCUCCACAACCAUUAGAAAGCCCUGCAAAGUCAAUGCCAAUCGAUGACAACCUAAUGACUGACAAUUUCAUGCCGAAAGAAAGCGAUUUCUUCACAACUGACGAUAUUAAUCAGGAAAGCAAUAAAUUCUUUGAUGAACCAUCACAAGAAGACGAUAAAAAGACACAAAUUAUUGAUGGCAAUAAGAAAGAAACAAAUUCUCUCGUUGAAGAAAAAAUUGACAAUAAAUUCUUUGACGAAGAUGAAAAAGGAACUUCAUUUGAUGAUAACAAGUUCUUUGAUGAUGAAAACAAAGUCAAUGAAGAAAAAGAAAACAAUAAUUUCUUCGAUGAUGAUGAAUCGAAAGAAGAAACGAAGGAAACCAAUGCUUUCUGGGGUGAUGAUGAUGAAAAUGUUCCUAGUAUCAAGCCACUUGCAAAACUUCCAACUUUGGACACAUCAUCUUUAGAAAAUCCAAAAACAACGAAACCAACAGUUCUCAAGAAGAGGAACGAACCGAAAACAAUCAAAGCUGCAAAUAAAACAGCUACUAAACCAAAGAUUCUUCCUAAGGAAACUUUGCCAAAACCAGUUUUGACAGAAAAACCAAAAAUUUUACCAAAAUCAGCUGUGACUCCAAAACCAGCUGUGAUUGUCAAGCCCCCUCCACCUCCACCAAAGCCUAUUGUUAUAGAAAAUGAAGAAGAAGAGUAUAAUUACGACGAAGAUGAAGAUGAUUUCUACAAAUAA